AUGCAUGCGCCGCUGCAGGUAGACGUGGCCGGCCGAGCCCUGGCCGUCGUUGAGCGCGACGGCGCGCAUGACCCGGCCACCGGCCGCGCGCUCACCGGCUCCUGGCUCUGGGACUCGGCGAUCGUCCUCACCAGCCACCUCGCCUCGGCCGAGCCCAGCCAGCUCCUCGGCGCCACCGUGCUGGAGCUCGGUGCAGGCACCGGCCUCCCGGGCAUCGCGGCCGUCGCAUGCCUCGGCGCCGCCCGGUGCGUGCUCACGGACGUGCGGCCGCUCCUGCCGGGCCUUAGAGCCAACGCCGAGGCGAACGGGCUCUCCGCCGCGCAGGCGGACGCGCGGGAGCUGCGCUGGGGGGAGGAGGAUGACCUGGUACUGCUCGAUCGUGAGGUCCCGUGCGUGGACGUGGUGCUCAUGUCGGACGUCUUCUACGACCCAGAAGAGAUGCCGGCCAUGGCGGCCACGCUGCGUCGGCUAUGGCGGGACGGCACGGUGUGUUGGGCGGCGAGCGAGGUGCGGUGCGGCGUGCAGGACUGCGUGGACGUGCUGCGGGAAGAAGGCUUCGACGUGGCCGAGGUCGACAGGGUCACCAGGCCGCUGCUGCGCGACCCCGCGCAGAACGCCGACUUUGCCGUGUAUGGCAUCGAAUUACGGCGGUCUCGAGAGGGCUGA